AAGUGACUUCACCCGAUUUCUCUAGUAAAAGUUUAUCAUAUCUUCUAUUUAUAGUUGCUUAUAGCGUUUAACAAGAGACGUCUUAUUGCACAAGUUGAGAAAUAAUAUGAUGGGGCAAACUCAGGGAGAGGAAGAGAAAUCAGAAAUAUCAUUUACCCAAACUCCAAAAAGGAAGAAGAAUAAAAUAAACAACAAGAAGAGGUUCAGUGAUGAACAAAUCAGAUUACUGGAAUCAAACUUCGAGUCAGACACAAAGCUUGAACCAAGGAUGAAGUUGCAACUAGCAAGGGAGCUUCAGCUUCAGCCUCGCCAGGUUGCUAUAUGGUUUCAAAACAGAAGAGCUAGAUGGAAAUCAAAACAAAUCGAGCAUGAUUAUAAAAUACUCAGAUCUAAUUAUGAUAGCUUAGCAACCCGUUUUGAAUCCUUGAAGAAAGAAAAAGACUCCUUGCUCGCUGAGUUGCAGAAGGUUAAUGAGCUUCUUGGGAAAGCCGAUGCUGGAAACAGUGAUAUCAAGGAUUUAUUGAAAGGAAGUUCAGGCAAGUGCGAGGAAGAAUUGUUGCAUAAUACUAAUAGCAUUGACAAUGGCCACUCCGGAUUAAUGCACGCUGAUGGUUGUCCAGAAGCAUCUGAAAAGUUUGAUGGUGGGAUCGAGUCUUGUGGCCUAUUUGAUCCAUCAUGUGCCAACUCACACUGGUUAAACUUCUGGGUUUGAAAAAACUCAUCUUCAAAUCGCAUCUUCAACAAUUAAAAAUUAAUACGAUGUUCGUUUGAUGAAAGACAAUUUUGGGAAAUUGAUACAUUAUGCAUGAAGAGAGCGAGAUACCAACCACUGUAUUAAUUUUCUUUAUAUAUUGUAGUUUAUGAUUCAAAUUAAACAUGAUCCUGAUGACAUAUCGUGCAGUGCCAUUCACAGCCCAACUUGAUAAGCUUCUAUAAUGAAACAUUUUUUUAUA